CUCUUUCAUGUGAAGAUACAAAGGAGUACAGUACUUGUGUAUCUACCUGUGGCAGAACCUGCCAAGCACUGUCCAUGCCAGAGACAUGCAGCAGUGAUUGUGUAGAAGGCUGUGCUUGUCCUUCUGGAAUGUAUUUGAAUUCCAAGACUGAACGAUGUGUGCAGAGAAAUGAAUGCCCGUGUUAUUUUCAAGGAGUUGACUAUCCACCUGGAGAAAAUGUAAUGACAUCUUUGGGCAAAUGCCAUUGCAGGGAUGGAAUAAUGAAUUGUGAUAACAACAUAAUAGCACAAAGCUGCCCAGUUGGACAAAUUUAUAUUAACUGCAGUAAUCCACAAGUUGAUCCUGAACUCAGCAGAGAGAGAACUUGCGAGAAUCAGCUGCUAAAUCUCACUUUCUCAGCACACCUUCCUUGUGUUUCAGGUUGCGUCUGCCCACCUGGUCUUGUUAAACAUGGGGAUGUGUGCUUGGAUGCAGAUGAAUGUCCAUGUUCAUGGAAAGGAAAGGAAUACUUUCCAGGUGACAAAGUAAUUUCUUCCUGUCAUACAUGCAUUUGCCAGCAUGGAUCAUUUCAAUGUACCUUCCAUCCUUGCCCAUCAAUGUGUACUGCAUAUGGGGAUCGGCAUUACAGAACAUUUGAUGGACUAACUUUUGACUUUAUUGGAACUUGUAAGGUUUACCUAGUUAAGAGUACUUCUUCAAGCAAUCUUUCUGUUAUUAUAGAGAAUAUUAAUUGUUUUAAUACUGGAAUGAUUUGCAGAAAGAACAUUUUCAUUAAUGUUGGAAAAUCUUUUUUAGUAUUUGAUGAUGAAUCUGGAAAUCCAAGCUUAUCUAGUUACAUAGAUGAACUACAGAAAAUGCAGGUAUGGAAAGCUGGAUUUUUCACUGUUGUUCAUUUUCCUGAUGAGCACGUCACCAUUCUCUGGGAUCAGAGAACAACAGUUCAUGUUCAGAUGGGUCAUCAGUGGCAGGGUGAAUUGACUGGAUUAUGUGGAAAUUUUGAUCUGAAGACAGUCAAUGAAUUGAGGACUCCAGAUAAUUUUGAAUUAACAAACUCACAAGAGUUCGGAAACAGCUGGACAGCUGUAGAGUGUGUUGACAGCUCUGACAUUCGAAAUCCAUGCAGUUUGAAUCCCCUCAGAGAGCCAUUUGCCAAGAAGGAAUGCGGAAUACUGUUAAGCGAAGCAUUUGAAACUUGCCAUCCAGUGAUUGAUGUCACCUGGUUUUACUCAAACUGCUUGACAGAUACAUGUGGUUGUAACCAAGGAGGUGACUGUGAAUGUUUCUGUACAAGUGUAUCAGCAUAUGCCCAUCAGUGCUGCCAGCAUGGAGUUGCUGUAGACUGGAGGUCUCCUAGAGUGUGUCCUUACGAUUGUGAGUAUUUCAACAAAGCUCUGGGAAAGGGCCCAUAUAAACUGGUCAGCUAUUUGUCUGGGGGAUUUGUAAUUGCAGUGGAACUGGUGAAUGGUGGUGUUUUCCCAGUGAGAGAAGAAGAUAUUGUUCCUGGACAUGCAGUGAGCUUUAUGCUGACUUCAGGACUUUAUAAACCCAAAGCACAUGAUUCCAACUUGAUUUCAUUUGAAACAGCUGAGAGACCAAACUAUUUUCUUCAGUUGGUCUCCAAUAACACCCUUGUUCUUUCUAAAUGGAAAAAAACUGAAGAGUUUCACAACAGAUCUACUUUUGUCAUUCACAAGAAUACAUGGCUUUCAGGAUACAGUUCCUUUGAGUCAUUUGCAAAACCAGGAUACUUCAUCCACAUUACAGCUUCUUCAGUUGAGCUUUUGAAGUAUCAUCAUUCAGAGGAGUUCAGGUUGUCGACCCUUUUUAAACUUGUAGAUGUCAAAUUUAAAUUUCUAUCCUAUUCUGCAUGUGAAUGGCAUUAUGAUACUUGCACAAGCCCUUGUUUCAAGACUUGCAGAGACCCUUUGGGAAAAAACUGUCAGGCAAUACCAAAAGUGGAAGGAUGCAUCCCUGAUUGUCCUCUCAAUAUGUUGCUGGAUGAAACCACUCAAAGAUGCGUGUAUUUUGAAGACUGCAUUGAACCUGCAGAUGAUAGUCUAGCUUUGUCAUCCAGCAUUCAAACACCAUCAGUUUCACACAUGACAUCAAGUACAAGUUUGGCAGUGAUCAGUGAAGCUCUGACUCCAUUUCCUGUACCUGAAGCAAUAGACAUGGAAACAAUUGCUUCAAAAUUGCAAGUGACUGCAACUACAGGGAAAACUGAAUUUUCAGCUGUUACAUCUCAUACAACAUUUCCAAACAUAUCUUUAUCAUCAAAUAUUUCUUCGCAGUCAACAGAAAUUACAUCUGGGAGAAGCACUACAGCAGUGUCUGGGACAACAAAAUCUAAUGUAAGCUUGUCUUCUCCCACUGACAUUUCUUCAUUGUUUCUGUCUACUGUCACUUCAGAAACUUCCACAAAGAUACAACCAAUCAGUAGUGGUUCCACUGAACUGUUGAGGGCUACAGAACCUCAGGCAGUAACUGCUACAAAUGCAGUGACUACAAGCACGGAAUCAGAAACCGAAACAAUUGCUACUUCUAUUUCUACUGGGCCACAACUAAUACUUAGCACAGGAGAAACACCAGUCAAAACUAAAAAAAUGGAAAUACCAGAAAUAGCCACAAGAACACUUCCCACAAAAGAAGCACAAGUAAAACCAGAAGGACUUAAAACACUUACACCCAGAACAUUUGAAUCAAUAACAGAAAAAACUACUGCCUAUCUGCUCCAGUUUUCCACAUCACCACCUCUGGGCACGCCUUCAUAUGCACCACCAGUAGACCUAACAGAAACUUCAGGAGAGACAAAAAUAAGCAUAGGACAGUCUUUUCCCACAGCAACUAACAUUACAGUAACAUCAUUUUCUCCUGCAAUCACUGCUUCAUUAAAACCGGCAUCUUCAGCAACAACAAAAGAAGCAACUGUUUUAACUGAACAAAGCAUGAAGACUACAUUGUCAAAAGCAUCCCUACCACCUAUUUCAUUAGAGAAGGCAACUACACAAUCUGCUAUCGAAAUGGUUCAACACCUCACUGGUACUGCAGAGAUACCUUUCACUACAACUCUAGGUCCAAAGGCAACAACUCUGCGAACUCAAGAGAGAGCAUCAGAAACAACUUCACUAUCAUUUACAACUCAUAAAACAGAAACUCCUAAAACAACAUUUCAUGUGGAGCAUAUGUCAAGUUCUUAUUUCCCUCCAUAUUCACUACAUCCUAGUUCUACAACUGAAGAAUCCCUCACUCUUUCUACAAAAAGACCUUCAGUGUCUGUUCCUACUCAUGCUUCAGGUGAAUUAAAAAAGACAUUUAAAACUGUUUCAACUACAAAAUAUCCUUCAUACAUAGUUCUAAACACAACAGGGUUCUUAACUACAUUAUACACUAAAUAUCCUGUUGUGGCUGAGACUAUCAAAGUGACACCUUUGUCUGUUGAGGGAAUAUCCAAAAUAACAUCCCCUUCUGAAUUAGUGGCAAAGUCAACGUUGUUUUCUGGAAAAACAUUUACAGAACACAAGUCAACUCUGCUUUCAAGUACAGUGAAGACAAGCACUUCAGCAUAUUCAGGUAGUGUUACCACAUCAGCAAUGAAAACAUCUGUCCCAUCAAAACAAACUGCCACAGUUCCUUUCGAAGCUACAGAGUUGGCUGAAAGAGCAUCCAUCACCGGAUCUCCACUUAGUGCAACUGAAACCACAUUGUUGACAACACAGCCUGAUACAUCACAAGUAGAAAGAAUUACUGGCAUCUCUACUAGAAAGCCAUCUGCCUUCCCUUUUACACCAUCAAGUUCUCUAAUCUCCUUAAACAUUUCUCUUCCUUCACUACCCUCCUAUGGAAAAGAAGCAUCACUGACAGCUGUCAGUCCCAUGCAUACAUCCCAUGAAACAACCUCUUUAUUUCCAGUAACAAAGACCUCUUACCCUUUCUCCACCUCUCAGUCUCUAGCAGAUAAAUGGGUUUCUUCGCCUUCUUUAACACAAAUUAUACCAGAAGUAAUAACCACACCAAAAUAUCCAGUAGAAACUAAAACAGUUUCUACAGCAUUGGAAUCUACAGUCCAAAGUACAACAGAUAAAGUAAAACUUACAGCAGCUAAAGCUCAGCCAUCCUUUCCUCCAUCUUCAGUAGGCUCCUCCUCUUGGCAGACAUAUUUAGGAGACAGAUUUUCAGUACAGACCACAAAGACCAUGGUUUUACCACUUUUUUCUACUCAGAAGGCUAUGGAACUUGGUCAUCAGACUUCUGAGUCUUUGUUGACAAGCCACAGUAUCACCCCAAUAUACCCGUACACUGCAAAAACUCUAACAAAAUCCAGUGAUCAACCACAACGUGUCUUUAGCACAACUGGAGCUACAGCAGGUACUAGUCGAAAAUUCACAUGGCAGGCCUCAUUUACUGAGUCACUUGAUUCAAGUCAAACACUUGAAACAACUACAGCUUCGUCAGGAUCUAAGCCAGCUUCUUCAUCGGUUUUGUUAACAGAAACAACAGAAAUUCCCAUUGUGAUGGGGAGUGAGCCACCAACAUCAAGGAGCAAAAGUGAUACAGAGAAAACUUCAGUGUUGCCUAAGAAAGUCACACUUUCAACUACUGCCUCCAGUUCCAUGUUUCUAGCAAGUACGAUGUUGCCAGCUAUGGCCCCUUCAUCAUCUGCAGCUUCAGCCUCUUCAGUGAUAAGCAGUAGUGGGAAAAAUGUUAGUAUUGUAUCAGCAACUUCAGACAAAGCAGAAACAGUAACAGAAUCUAUCACAAGCUCUGUGAAGGCCACCUAUUUUUCUGUUGCUUCCAAAGCAAAAGGAGCUAUGCCCCCCGAUACAGUAAAAUCUGACGAGCCAGAAUUAAUAACAGAAGUCCAAACUGUCCAAGUUCAAGGUGCUACCGCUACCCCAGAAACACCUCGAACGUUUUACUCUCCAUAUUUCACGAACAUAACUGCAGUUCCUUCUAAUAUCAGUGUAUCAGUACUGUCUACUGUACAUUCAUCCUCUGAACCGAAACCUUUUUCUUCUAUAGCUGUGUCAUCGGUCAGGACAACUCAAACUUCAAAACUUGAAAUAUCAUCUGAGGUGCAAACACCUUCUGUGAGCUCACUGCUAAUGAUAUCUGACCAUCCAAAUGACACAACAGCUCCAUCAGUUUCCUCAUUUGCCUAUUUAUCUACCAAACCACUUUAUGGCUUGACUACAACUUCUUCUGAUGAAUUGGCAACAGCUGAAGCUGUAUCAGGCACCACAGCAUCAGCUUCUGUGCUGCCUAGAGAAACAGCAACUCUUCCAACUUGUACACCAAUCACAGAAAAUGAGUGCAUAAAACACAUUUGCUUGGAUGGACAGCUGAUCCAAGUUAAUAAGUCACAGAACUGCCCAUACAAUGCAACUCAACCCAGCUGUGGAGUCUUAGGAUUUGCUACUCAAACAAAUGGUGACAAAUGCUGCCCAAGGUGGGAAUGUGCAUGUCGUUGCACAAUUUUCUCUGAUCUGAGCAUUGUAACCUAUGAUGGAAAUCAUUUGGCAUUAUUCAAAGAAGCAUCCUAUGUCGUUAGUCAAACUCGAGAUGAAACUAUAACCAUCCAUGUCCUUGACUGCAGACUGAGAAAUUCAAAUUCAACUUCUUUGUGCCUGGCAAUGUUGAAUCUAACCUAUGUAUCAAACCAAAUUAUUAUCAAUCGUUUAAGUAGAAAAAUAACAGUAAAUUCAAGAUUUGCUUGGCCUACUGUUAGAAAAUAUGGAUACAAAGUGGAGGAUUCGGGCUUCAAGUAUGCAGUUGAGACCCCAACAAAAAUCAGAAUUCAGUGGUUUCACAACACGGGCAUAAUGAUUAUUGAGUUUAACAGCACUAGAGAAGCAAGAGCUUUGGGACUAUGUGGGGUUUGUGAUAGAAGCUUGGAAAAUGAUCUGAUGCUACCCAACAGGACAGUUUUAAGCAAAAGUGAUGCUCCGACGACUUUUAUAGACAGCUGGCAAGUGCCAGACACAUUAAAGUAUGUUGGAGAAGACAGGCAUCAGGAAACUAAUUGCUCAGUCAUGGACUGCUCAGAGUGCUUAAGGAUGGUGUUGAACCAGACCUUCAGCAGCUGUCAUCCUUAUGUUCCACCUGAGCUAUUCUGUGAUAUAUGGGUUCAAGAUGCCGAGUACAUUCGAAAUCCAUGCAUUUCGCUAGCUGCCUAUGUGGCUAUGUGCAACAAAUUUAAUAUUUGUAUAGAAUGGAGGAGCUCUGAUUAUUGCCCCUUCCCCUGCUCUGAAAACUUCUCCUAUCGGGCUUGUAUAGCCGCCUGUGAAGUUCCAGAUAGCUGUCAGAAUAACGAGGUUGUUUCUCUGGACUCAGACUCCUGCUCACUGUUGACAGAAGGCUGCAUCUGUGCUGGAGGGACCAUCCUUCACCGAGCUCACACUGCUGUCUGUAUUCCUGAAGAAAAAUGUGCUUGUACAGAUAGCUCAGGAGCACCUCAUGCAGUAGGUGAGAUCUGGAAAACUUCUUCGAGCGGAUGCUGUAUGCAAAAAUGUGUUGACAGUGAGACCAUUGUUCCAGUGGAGUACAGCUGUUCAGAUAUCCACAAUUUGCACUGUGAGAGAUUCGCAGAAGUGGCCUUGCUUGUUCCUGGUGACCCGACAUGUUGCCCUCAGCAGAUCUGUAUUUGUAAUCAAAGCCUCUGUGAACCCUUAAUCCCUGAGUGUAAUGCCUUGGAAAAGCUGGUCACUUACUACAGUGAAGAAUCCUGUUGUCCCAACUAUGUUUGCGAAUGUGAUCCAGCAAAAUGUGAACCAGUGGAGCAGAUGCCAAGCUGCCGAGAUGAUCAAACACUAAUUGCUGCUCGAGUGGAGAGUACCUGCUGCAUUUCCUAUAUAUGUGCAUGUGGGGCUUGCUCUGACCAAAUACCCAAAUGUCAAGAAGGAGAAGUUCUUAUUGUGGAUAACAACACUACAGAGAGGUGUUGCCCUACUUAUCACUGUGUUUGUGAAAUACAUCGUUGUCCUGACUUCAAAUGUAUGCUAGGCAUGUCUCUGGUGGAGGUAUGGAGCCCAGAGAAGUGCUGCCCCUUUCGGACAUGUGAAUGUGCAUGUGAAACAAUCCCCAAACCUCAGUGCAAUCUGGGCCAGAAACUUCAGAUAGAUGAUCAGUUUCAGAACAGUACAGAAAAUACCUGUAACUGUAUUAAGUACAAAUGCGUGAGAGACAAGGUUUGCCUGAGUAAUGAGAGAGGUGUGCUGCUUCCUGGACAGGCAAUUGUGGAACAUGGCACAGAUGGCAUUUGCCGUAUUUCUUAUUGUACAAAUGUGAUUGAUACCUCCACUAAAUACUACCGAAUAAACCAGUCUUCAAUAGACUGUGCUGUCAAGUGCAAAGCUAACCAAGUCUAUCAGCCUCCAAAAGAUUUAUCAACUUGCUGUGGUAGCUGUAAGAACUUGUCUUGUCUUCACACUUUCAGCAACGGCACAGUUUCCAAUUUUAAGCCUGGAACUGUGUGGAUUUCAAACUGCAUCAGAUACGAAUGCAUUAACACAGCAAUAGGGCCAGUUCUGGUUUCCUCUCCAGUUGGCUGCCCACCGUUUAAUGAAACUGAAUGUGCAAAGGUUGGAGGCUAUGUUGUGCCAUUCUUAGAAGGAUGCUGCAAAACAUGUAAGGAAGAUGGUAAAUUCUGCAAAAAGGUGACUGUUAGGAUGACUAUCCGCAAGAAUGACUGCAGGAGUAACACACCAGUGAACAUUGUUUCAUGUGAUGGAAAGUGUCCCUCUGCAAGUAUUUACAACUACAACAUCAACACAUAUGCAAGAUUCUGCAAAUGCUGCAGGGAGCUUGGACUACAGAGACGAACUGUGCAAUUGUAUUGCACCAGUAAUUCAACCUGGGUCAGCUAUUCAAUCCAAGAGCCUACAGAUUGUUCUUGCCAAUGGUCUUAA